AUGGGACCUGUAACACUACGCCAUGUCGUUCUUCUGGUUGGUUUAGUCGCAAUUCACGUGUUUCCUGCUCGAGCCGCCGACAAGCCACCGAACAUCAUCAUCAUGCUAGCAGAUGACCUUGGUUACGGAGAUCUGAGUGGUUUUGGUAACACCACUCUUCCAACCCCCCACAUCGAUCAGCUGAUGAAGGAGGGGGUAAAGUUGACGCACCAUCUAGCGGCAGCUAGUGUCUGUACACCAAGCAGAGCUGCUUUGUUGACAGGUCGAUACCCGGUCCGUUUUGGUAUGGUGCCAUCUGGUGCGAUCAGGGUGAACAUAUUUGUUGCCAAUAGGGCAGGAAUGUUGCCAAAUGAGACGACAAUAGCUGAACAGGCGAAAUCCGUGGGUUACAAAACUGCUCUUGUAGGUAAAUGGCACUUGGGACUCAGCAAAGACACCUAUGGCGAUCACCUGUUGCAUCCAAUGAAUCAAGGAUUCGACCAGUACUAUGGACAUAUACUUACCAACAUGAAAGAUUUCAGUGGGGAUGGAGAGAGAGUUCUCACGUCACAGAGACCGAACAUCUACUAUGCUAUGGUUUCUCUCGUCAUUCUCGGAAUUUCUCUUUUCGUAUGGCUUUACAAACAACGUUACAUCAGUAAAUUAUUCCUGGUGAUUGGAAUACUUCUUGUGCUUUCUCCUGCCAUUUAUUUUGUCUUUGUCUUUAAUACACUGAGACUUUUGAAUGGAAUUGUAAUGAGAAAUCAUGAAGUGGUAGAACAGCCAAUCAAAUUGGAAAGUUUGAUGAAAAGAUACGUUCAGGAGGGAACCGAUUUCUUGGAGGCUCGUGAAAGGGAUAAAGAACCAUUUUUGUUAAUACUUUCCUGGGAUCAUGUUCAUACGGCAAUGCGCACAAGUAAAGAGUUCCAAGGUCGUUCAAAACACGGACGUUACGGGGAUUCUAUAUUAGAACUGGAUUGGGGUACUGGUGAAAUCAUGUCUAGAAUAAAAAAUAUGGACAUCGGUAAGAACACUCUAGUUUAUUUCACAUCAGAUAAUGGCGCGCAUUUGGAAGAGUCUGACAUCCAUGGCAACAGUGACGGUGGAUCAAAUGGUAUCCUUAGAGGUGGUAAGGCGCAUGGUGCUGUUGAUGGGGGGAUAAGGGUACCCUCUUCAGUCUGGUAUCCUGGAAAACUACCUAGUAACGUGGUGAUCGACGAACCCACCAUGCAGAUGGACAUGUUCACAACCAUAACGAAUCUUAUUGGUGCGGAUUUGCCAACGGAUCGGCCAAUAGAUGGGCGAGAUAUGUAUUCACUCCUGACAGGAAAGGAACAUAUCAGUCCACAGGAGUUUUUCUUCCACUAUUGUGGCGAUACUGUCCAGGCUGUUCGAUACAGGCCACGCACAGGACCAUCGAUAUGGAAACUUGUCUAUGAAGUACCAGACUAUUUGCCAGGCCAACAGAGAUGUCUGUUCGUCUGUAACUGCUGGGAUGCAAUUAAACUCGAACGGCCGUAUCUUUAUGAUAUUACGUCAGAUCCUGGAGAAAACAGGCCAAUCGACAUCAGCAGUGACAAGAAGUACAAAGAAAUAGCCGAACUCAUGAUCAAAGCAACAGAGGAUCACAAAAAUUCAAUUGCACCUGUUGACUGUAGACUUUCCUUCUUUAAGUUGCUUUGGCGGCCCUAUAUGCAACCCUGUUGUAAUUUUCCGUACUGUAGCUGUGUUGACAUUAAGUAUAAGGAUAUUGAAUAAACGAAGCUAUUUAUUUUUUUAAGCUCACGAACAUCUUAUUGCAGACUUUCA